GGGCACUGCACCACGGAGGAAUGCCCUCUCCAACGCGUGUUACAAGUCCUACCUGGAACAUAUUAAAUUAAACACUAAGGAUAAAAGUAAUACAUGAUGAAAGUGUACAGUAAUUGUAAGUAACUGAAGAAAAACAUGGGGAGAAACAAUUCAGAGAACGUGGAGAAGAAGAAGAAAAGGAAGAAUUCUCACUUCGGAGGGCGGAGUUAAGCGCAACAGCUGGCUUUUUUUAGAACGUGUACCUUAAAACUGGUACAUAACAGGCAAUAGUCUGUUGUAAAUAAUCGGAGAUUAAGCAACAACGGCAACAUCUGGUAUCGCAAGUGGUACAAGCAUUAAAAAAACGUUUUUGCUCAAUGGUUUACAAUAGAAAUACAAUACGUCCGAUUUCUGGAAUAUGAUCUGGGACUUUCAUUGGGUUUUGAAGGUUUCUUUUGGUGGUUUUCGGGGAGUUUGACAUCCUGAAGAGAGAUAGGCUACAUCAUUAUGGACUGAAUGAGCAACUCACCUCAGAAGUCUGUGAAGAGGGAAAGAGAAGAACUGGACAUCAAUCUUGUCGGGAGAGACUGUGACUUGGAGACUUGCAACAUGUCCAUGUGGAUGAUCUUACCAGUGAGUCUACCAGUCUUCACCAUCACUGGAAUAUGGGUUGUAUAUGCCUUGGCCCUGUCCAACCAGCAUGUGUGCUCUGUGGACAACUGGUCUUACAACCAAUCAUGUGAAGAGGAACUAUCAGUCCAGAGGGGCCCUGUCUUGUGCUGCACAGUAGACAACAUACCACUCAUCAGUAAGUGUGGGACUCUGCCUCCCGAGAGCUGCUUCUUCAGCCUGAUCUGCAGCACUGGGUCCUUUAUAGUGAUGAUGAUUGGUCUGCUGAGGUAUGCCCUUGUCAUAGAGAAACACCAGAACUGUCUUCUCAACACGGCCAGUCUCUCCACUGGCUGGAUCUGUGCCACAGGUCUCAUCAUGGUGGGAAACUUUCAGGUUGACUUUGCCAAAGUCCUUCACUACGUGGGUGCUGGGGUAGCCUUCCCCACCAGUGUUCUGUUUGUGUGUCUCCAGUCUGCCCUGACUUACCGGUUAGCAAAAACCCAGGGAGAAUACAACAUGGGCCAUCUGCGUGUGGGAAUGACUCUGCUUGCUUUUGUUUCACUUGUGCUCAGUGGCGUCUUCUUUGUCCAGGAAAGCUACACUCUGCAGCACGCCUCUGCCAUAUUCGAGUGGCUGUUUUGCAUGAUCAUCAUGCUCUUCUAUGGGACGUUUGCCUUUGAGUUCAGAGGCAUGUCUGGGGACACCCUGAUGGUCCUGGCCAGAGGUGGAGUGGUCCGGGUCUUAUCCAACUCCGACCACAAGGUAGAAGUAACAAGGGGAUCAAACCAUCACCAGCAAGAGACUCUGAGCAUGAUGUAGGCUAUCCAGAGGAGGUUGCAGUGCUCCCGACCAAUCACGUAUAAGCUGAAGGAUGGGUUGGUGGACAGUAUACAUACAAGAUGGAGGAUUGAGGAGCCAAUCAUUUUCCAGUGUUGAGCAUGAAGAUGGACCAUGAAAGUAGUCAGGUCUUUAUUUGCACCGACUUUAGCUGUAACACCAAAGCUUUUUUAACCUACGACAAAAAAGGAAUAUUUGAUAGUUGUACAGACAAAAGUGUAUAUAGCAUGUGUUACAAGUGCCUUUUGAAACAGUAGACCAUACACAAAGACACAACUCAUACUACAGGUACGCGCCGUGCACACACCCAACACACACAAAACAAAAUCGCUUUCCCUCACUUCAGUAAUUAAAGAAUCCCUCACACACACAAGGACUUGCUGUCUUGCCAGUAUCUUGGAGGUGCCUUGUAAGUCUUAAAGGAUGUCGGUCAGUAAUGGUGUUUUUUAUGUUGGCUCUUCAAUCACUGAACUUUUUUCUUCUCAGGAAUAUCUGUUCCAUCACUAAGUUCUGCUCAGUGCCUCUUAAUAGGAACAAAUAUAUUCAAAGAUAGAUAUGGAUGUAUUAUUCUUUUAUGUAUAUUCUUUCAACAGGUAAUUAUUAUAUUGUGUAAACAUUUUUACAUGUAAAAAGUAUUGCUUUAAAAAGACAACCAAACAUCAAGAUAUGUUGAGAGGAUUUAUCCUUUUGAAAGGGUUGGGUGAAUGUUUAAAAAAUGAUAUAUUUUUAAAUCUGUAGAAGGCACUACAUAGAUAUUGAGGUGUCUUAACUGUUGAUAAGAGUUUUUGACUGUUUGCUCCUCCACUGAUUUAAAUGGGACCAAAUUAUCACUUUGAAUGCCUUUUUGAAAAUGUACAUUGUUAUUGUAAACUCUUUAUUGCAUUUUGUGAUUUAUUUUUGUUUUAUAAUGUAUGCUGCAGAAUAUUUCAGGUAUUAAAAUAAAAUAUAAAUAUG